CACCACCAUUCUUCAGAGAUCGCAGUCUGGCUAUCAGCAAAUGCUGUCCAGUAAACCAGGAAAAGCAAACCAAAAGAAGCUAUUUGGAAAAUCUGUGAAGACCACAGGAGCAGGAAAGUUUGCCAGAGUUUGAUACCCCCAGUAUGAAAUAUGGCAUCCAAGACAAAGCAGAUGAAACAGGACACCACGCUGGGAGACUUUUCCCGUGCUGGGAAAAGUAAGCAAGGAGUAAGAACCAAGAAUGGAGAUAUGACAUCCAGUGACAUGGAAAUACUUGUCAAAGAGAGAAAACUCUACUUGCAGAAGGAACACAAGAUUCUCACUGAACAUAUGAACACAUACACAGGAAGACUGGACCACUUUCUGCAGGAAAAUAAAUUCCUAGAAAAGGAAGUCCAACGGAAUCAGGAAGAGAACAAGGCUUACCUCUCUUACAUAAGAAAACACAACCAGAAGUGCCAGAAUCUGAUAAUAACACUAAAUGACCAGAAUCACACUGAUUUGUCUCAAGUCCGGAUGCAGAAGGAAAAACUAAUCUCACAGUAUACAGAAAAAGAGAAGGAGGUAAGGAGCUCUCUGAUGAAUAUAGAGACAAAGUACUCUCUUAUGAUCAAGGAGAUUGAAGACCUGCAGCCUGUCAAAGGUCCAUCUGUUUUUCUGGAACAGCAGGAAAAGAUUAAAGAGCUGGAGAAGGAACUGUUGGUCACAAAGAUACAGCAUUCAGAGGAAAUGCACAAAAUCAAGAGCAGAUUUCUGCAGGCCAAGGCUGAAUGUGAGACAGACUUUCAUCAGAAGAUCCAGGUUCUCACAAAGGCAGCAGAAGAAGCAGCAAUACAAUCUCUGAUUCAGCAUAUCAAACAAGCAAAAGCAGAGAAUCGGCAUCUGCGCCAGGAAUUGCUCAGACUCAUCCGAUACUCAAAAAUCCUUAAAGAAACCGAAGUUCAACUGAGAGUGCAGCACCAGCAGCUUCUUUGGGAGAACCAGUACACUCAGCACAUGGCACACAUGUGCCACUUGUUACACCAGCAUGAGGCACACAAUGCAAAUGCCAAAACCUACGGCUCUCACAGCCUGUUCAGAUGCGUCCAUCAACCUAAAAAAUAAAAAAACCCACUACUCCACUCCUCACUCGUGCCAAUGUGUCAGUAGACAUAGCUGGACUGUCAGCUGUUGCCACUAUAAGUUAGGUAACAGAGUAUACAGAAGUAAAUGUUCUGUGGGUGGAAAUUCGUAUAGAUCAUGCUCAGCGUGCAAUCCAGACAAUAGAUCUUAAAAGUAACCUCAGCUUUAACUUUCAUGCCAACCGUAUCAAGACAUUUGAAACUGC